AUGAAGAAAAAGUCGAGGGCCGAUCAAGAGCUUCCAGCAGCACUUGCAAUUGAUAAUAAUAAUAUACUCAAAUACGAGAUCUUACCAAGGCUUCCAGCCAAAUCCAUAUGUCGUUUCAUGUGUGUUUCCAAACAAUGGAAUUCGUUUCUGUCGACACGUAUGUUUGCAAACAUGCAGCUCCUCCAACAUCACAUUAACAACCCGAAAAAAACCUAUAAACUUCUCUUAAUUGACAAGCCCGCUGUAGAUAAGGAUUCAUGCUGCAAAUCCCUCAAUCACGGUUCAGUUACCGUUGGUUUUAAUAUACUGAAAGAAGCUUGUCCUAUAUUCGAUUUGCUUUUAGCAAGCUUGGAUGGAUUGGUAUGUGUAGCCUCCACGAAAACCGUCAUCAAUAGUCUAGCAUUAUGGAAUCCAUUGACCGAUGCCUAUUACAAGUUGCCGUCUAACCCCAAUUUUACUCGUCCCUAUGAUUCUAUUCAUGAUGUCAUUGGUUUCUAUUCUGACUCCUCCAAUGACUAUAAACUUCUAUAUUGGGCUACCUUCUGUGACCACAGUCUUUACUUUUCCAUUAUUAAACCAAGUACCGAUGAUCAAUGCAUUAUUUGUUUUGAUGUGAACACAGAAGAGUUCAGGGGAAGUAUGUGGAAGUUGAACAGUGAUGACGGGACGUGGGAGGAGGUGGCAUUUUUCUCACGCUCUCCAUAUAGUGUUUUUGGCAAACAGUCAAGGCUGCACAGGAAAGUAUGCAUGACUAGGAAUGCCAGGGAUGAUUGGUUUGCGAUUUUGGAGGGGGGUCCUCGCGACUCCCCUAAUUUUGAAAUAAUGAAUAUGGAGGAAUUCACAUUAACAAAUCCUUCGUGGCCGGAGUAUACAUAUAGCUGA